AUGUUAAUAACUAAUAAAUUCAAUGGAAUCGAAGAAAAGGCUGUAGGCAAUAACUUAUGGAAGUCAAUAGCAAUAAAGUUGAAUAGUUUAGGAUACGGAGAGAAAACAAUAAAUGAAUGGAGACGGGCUGUAACAGACUGGAAAUCAAAGGUAAAAUCUAAAGCUUCAAGAAUUAGAAAUUCUUUAUUGCAGACUGGUGGGGGCAGUUUUGAUGCCCCACAAUUAACACCAUUAGAAGAAAAACUUCUGAGUUUGAUGGGAACAAAAUGUAUUGCUGGUGAUGUAGGUGUUCAAGAAUUAGGACAAAACAUAAAAUCUCACUCCCAGGCUUCUACACCACAAAUAGUUCAUGAGAUUGAAGUAGUUGAUACAUCAUCUCAGAUGGAUAAGUCAUCAGAAGAAGUAAUGGAUGAUGAAAUUACAAACAUAGAUCAUGACUAUUCAAUAAAUAAUGGGAAAAGAUGUAAUAAUAACGACCAUGCCACCAAAAUGAAACGGCAGAAGAUUACAAGUAUUCCAAGAAUUUCAAAAAAUUUGGUGGAAAUGACAUCACAGUCCCUCAAGAUUUUGGAAUCUAUUGACACAAAUAUAUCUCGAAUAGCGAACUCAUUCCAAGAUUUAAUAGACAUUCUAGGUGCCAAAGCUCUUUAA